AUGGCUAAAUUAUAUGAUGGUAAGGGGACCCUUGAGGAAGGGGAAACAGCCGAAGCUCGAUUCAUCAAGAUUCAAGCAGCUUAUGAACUGCUCAUGGAUGUGGAGAAGCGAAGGCAAUAUGAUAUUGAUAAUCGAGUCAACCCCAUGAAGGCAUCUCAAGCAUGGAUGGAGUGGCUUAUGAAAAAGCGCAAAGCUUUUGACCAGCGGGGUGAUAUGGCUGUUGCAGCUUGGGCUGAGCAGUAGCAGCGUGAGAUGAAUCUCCGUGUGCGCCAUCUUUCUCGUUCAAAGGUGUUGAAUUAUUCUCAAUAUUUC